AACGCCGCUUGCCCGCCCGCCAGUCCCGGGACCGCGAGGAUCUCUCGAGGAUCUCGCGCGCGCGAUCGAGGCCGAGCCGGUGCGCCGAGGGCGGCGCGAGCGGCGCGAGUGGAACUCCUUCCGGUGGCUACGCGGACUCGGCGGCGCGCCGAGCGCCGGCCCUCUCUCAGUGUCCCGAGCGACGGUGCCCCGCGAGGAAGCGCGCGCGCAGCCAGUCGACCGACCGGUGCCUCCGAGGCCGGAGUAUCGUAAACACGCGACCUCCCGGGAUCCAGGGGAACCCGCGGGAAUCGGGAGGAUCGAUCCGGGGUGAGAAAGGGAAGAGGACGAGGACGACGAGGACCGAGACGCGGUCCGGCGGCCGGGCGCAUGCGGACGCGUCGCGACCGUCCGGUCGCGACCGCGGUCUGACCUCCCUUCGACGUCGGCCGGCGAGGAAUUCGGGCGCGCUCCUCGACGCGUGACGUCGGUGCGACGAGGGAGAGGAGGCGAGCCGUUCUCUCUCUCUCCCUCCGUCGGGGGACGGGAGGGAUCGGCCGGAGCGCGAACCGCCUCCGCUUGCGCGCUGCGGGCAAUGACUAAGUCCGCCGCGGCGAGGGCGUCAGCGCCGGCGGAGGAGGCGGCGGCGGCACUUCGGGGGAGAUACCGCGAACGGGCCCGACUACGUCAGCACCGACCGGCCGGGAUUUGCAUGGCGAACGACGGAUCGACGCGCCGCUGAGUGGAUAACGAGAGAGGAGGUCGGUGCGCGCGCGCGCGGCCGCGCCGCGCCGCAGCCUCGAGGGGACGGGACUCUCGCCGAGGGGCUCUCUAGAGGAGGAGGAGGAGGAGAGCCGAUCGCUGCCCAAGGACGUCACCGAGGAGGAAGAGGAAGAAGAGGAGGCCGUGAGUGCGUUCCUAAAAUAGCCACGCGGCCCGGGAGGCACGAGGGGAUAGUGCGGUGCAGUGCCGGUGCGGGAUUCCCCCGUUGCUCGUCGCGGAGCGUAUAAUCGAGUCCCACCCUGUGGCGAUGACAGACCCGCAGCUGAAUAACAAUAACAACAAUAACGAUGGCGAGCCAAAGUACCUUCACAAAAAGUUCAAGAAGAUGGCCACGACGGAAGUUUCCUCGGUGGAGCCAAAGAAGGAGACCUCGUCGGAAAGUGGGAUCUCGGAGACUCCGAAAAGAAGAGACAAGGAAGCCAAGGAGUCGCCCAAGUCCGAGACCUCACCCGAACCUGAGGGCGAACCUAACGAGUCGAGGAAAAGUGGAUACAUUUGCCCCUAUUGCAAACUCUCGUGUGCUAAACCCAGCGUGCUGCAGAAACACAUUAGGGCUCACACGAACGAGAGACCGUAUCCGUGUGUGCCAUGUGGGUUCGCAUUUAAAACCAAGUCCAACUUGUAUAAACACUGUAGAUCCAGGGCACAUGCACUCAAGAUGGAGGGUGGGGAUGCUAGUAAGGUAUCGGAGGAUUCGGACAUAAGUCUGUCCGACAGUGCCAGCAAUGGCACAGGCACACCUCCUCCGCCUCCAGCAUCGACUCCCACGUCCACUGCCGUAACGAAAACCGUGAAGACGGGGAAGAUAUACAAGCCGAAGUUUCAUACCGCCCUGCAGUGCGUGAACAACGAGGCCGAAUCGUCCUCCUUAUCCUCCAGCUCUUCUACCAGUUCCACUUCCAACAAGCCAAACGCGGAACAGUUGCAGGAGCACAUCGACAAGAUAAUCACGGACAAUCAGGCCAUCGUCGACGCGGUCGAUCCGAGAUUGCACAAACUGAUGCAAAGACAACAGAGUUUGGUCGAGCCAAAACCGUGCGACCAGCCCUUGAAUCUGUCGUCGGCCGACGAGCCUUUAACGCGGAAACGUUGCUACAGCGAGAGCUUCACGUUAGAGAAGGACCAACCUCCGACCGCCCAGAGCUCCAUCAUCAAAGACCUCUUGCUGAAGACUCGCAGCCAAAAUUCCUCGGAGAGCAGCGUCGACGCCGACAAUUUCGUCUGUCCUUCCUGCAAGAUUCCCUACUCGAGCGCCGACAACUUGGACGCCCACCGUAGGUACUACUGCAAAGGAGCCCCUAGUCCUCGACGACCCGAUUUCCAACUGGAUCUCGAGAAGAAAGAGUCGGAUUUCGACCUCAAGUCCGAUUACUACGGCAGCCUGCAGCCGCUACCCUCGCCGGGACCUCUCCUAGGGAACACCAGGCUGGUGGACGCUUACGCGCCGCCCACUAAAAAACAAAAAUGCGAAUCCGUGCCUACGACCCUCAGGUCGCUGGAAGAGUUGUCCAAGUAUCCCAGGCCCAACUCCUUGCAGAUGUUCGGCGGCGAGGUCAGAAUCCUGGACAACACGGGCGAGACCAAAACCAUGAGGAUCGAGCCGCGACAGACGACUUCGCCCAGCGAGCACAUAGUUGGCAGCAAGUGCGUAACGUCGGAAACGGCGUCCAUCGUGGUGAGGUCGGGUUUGCACUCCGGCGGUACCAUGGUCCACAAGCCGCAGGGCACGCCGGUCAGCACGUCGAGUUCCUCCAUAUCGCUGCCGAAUACUCCGAAGAUGCUGGCACCCAUCAUACCCAACAUAUCAACGCCCAACAUAGCCCCUACGAUGUCGUGCUACAACUACCUGGAGCCUCACCUGAACCCUCUGACGAGCAUCUCCGCCUACAACCCGCUGACCCUACCCGCGGCCGGCAUCGCCAGCAUCCUCCACGGGGGCAAGGUCAUCCCCUACGUCCCGGGUAUGCCGGGUCCCCACACGCUCUCCGGAGCAGCCGCGGUGGACAUAGCCCCGAGCUUAGCUGGCGGCGACUCGGGAUACAAGGUGAUACCCGGCCUCCCGGGUCUGCACAUGAUCCCCCAGCCUCUGGACCUCGCGAGUCCUGUGAAGGUCCAGACGCCCAAUAUCCCGGGGAUGCCCGGGCCCCUGUCGAACGUGCAGAUGACGACGUUAGGUCAGCCUCUGGACCUGGCCAGUCCGGCCAAGGACCUCAAGCUGAGCUUCAAGACGCCCAUCAGCGGAGACAGCCCCAGGACCGGCCUGGCGAGUCCUCAAGUUCCUAGCAUCAAGGCCGAGACUCCGGCCGACAAGUUCAGGGGAAGGCCGCCGUCGACCCCGACCGGUGAUCUCGCCAGGGUCGAGCUCGAUCGUCAUAUCAAAACUAGCGCCGUUACGAAGUACAAGGGCGCCGAGAGCCCUCGCGAGAGGAGGGACCUCGGGUUCGAGAAAAGCCCCAAGGUCGAGAAAGCGUAUACCUACCCGAGCACCCCCAACAACCUGGACUCCGGCGCGAACGCGAGUUACGGGAAGGCCGGCAAGUUCUCGCCGAAACCGUCGAGCGACAGCAGGAAGAGGCCCUCCAGCUGGAACGUGGCCGACCUGGAGUCUGGAAAGGUGUCUUCCGGUGACCCUCCCAGACACAGUCCGGUAGCCAGGUACGAACCUCCGCCGCAUGAAAACGGACGUCCGAAGGUCGGCCAGGAGACCAGGUCCAAGGUAGUCGAGAACCACGGCACGGUCAACGGGGCCAAGCUGAAACCCGACUCCGUGCCGCCCGUUAUCACCGUGAAUCAGGAUUCUUCCAAGACAGAUGUGCCAAACAAGACUUCCCUAGAAUUAGCAGUUAAGCUCGACAAGUCUGAAGCUAGGUCGCCAAAAAUCAGCGAGAUCGCCAAGGAGGAGACCAAUCCUAAGUUUCUAAGGCCCACCUCGCUCCCCCUUAAGCCGGGCACCUUCACCCCGAAGAAGCACCACGGGAUCACUCCCACGGCCAACACCUUGCCCCUCAUCAGUCCGGAGACCCCUCGGCCGAGGAAGUCCUACGGGCAGCUAUAUCUCAACGGACAUGCCUACACUUACCUCGGCUUGAAGUGCUCCACCCGGGUGUUUUACUGCACCUUGAACAGACCUCAACCCAUGUACGUCACCCAGCAACACGGCCUGUCCAUGUACUCGAACUGGAAGAUCUGCAAGGAAGCCCCACCGGACCUGGACGUGGCCCACUACGACUCGAGGCAACGACCUUUGGGCUACACCAUCGCCUGGAGGAAGCAGGAGGACAUCCUUACGCACUCCUCGCAACGACCCACCGCCUUGGCCAGCUCGGACGGCGGUCCGGAGUGCGACACCCCGGAGAAGCAGAAGAGGGUUAAAAUCUUCGACGGAGGCUUCGAGAGCAACGAGGACUACACCUACGUCCGCGGGAGAGGUCGAGGCCGGUACGUCUGCGAGGAAUGCGGAAUCCGCUGCAAAAAGCCGUCGAUGCUAAAGAAACAUAUCAGGACCCACACCGACGUCAGGCCUUACACCUGCAAGCACUGUGCGUUCAGUUUCAAGACCAAGGGAAACCUCACGAAGCACAUGAAGUCGAAGGCGCAUUACAAGAAGUGCGUCGAGCUGGGCGUAGUGCCGGUCCCGACGACGGUCUGCGAGGAGAACAUCGACAAGGACGCCAUCGCUCGGCUGGCCGCCGGUGGCGGGAACACCGAGGAUUCCUCAUCCGAGGAGGACGACUCCGAUGGGGAGGAGAGCGAGGAGUCCGGAAGCGAGGAGCACGAGGCGGCGCAAAGUUUGCUGAGCUUGUCGCAACAUAAUUCGAACAGGAUGCCCGGUUUACUGCCGUUAGGACGACCUACGACCUAUCCGUACACGACGACGUUCCCGUCGUCCUCGGUGGCGACCAGCACCGUGCCAACGGUCACGACCUCCUCACCUCUGAGCACCCUGGCGACCACGGUUAUUCAGAGCGAGUUGUCUCAUCGGUAUUACUUCCCCUCGAGUCGGUCCAUCCCCGACGAGUCGCGCUCCAGCGUGAUCCAGUCCUCGAAGAAGGACGACUCGGACGUGGAGGUCGAGGAGCUGGGAACCGCCGACAACAGGCCGUCCAUCCCUCAGCCCAUGGACCUGACCACGAAGCAGCCAAUCUCCUCGCCGAUUCCCCAGCGAGCCAAACCUGCGGACAUCCUAACUCCCGUGAGCGAGCCCAUCCUGAUGCAGACCAUCGUCCAGACCAUGGAGAGGCUGCCCAUCCAGGGCAGAGAAUGGAAACCCGACGCGGAGGGACACAUGCUGCAGGCGUACCUGACCGAGAGGUACGUCAUGGACAGCAAGAUCAAGCAGCAGUACCGGGUGGGCACCUCCAAGGUGGAGAAAACGACGCGAGACAGGGAGAUCUAUUCCAAGCAACCGGAUUCUGGGAGAACGAGGAACGUGGAGCUGAACGGCACCCCUACCGUCACGUACACCGAUCCCAGCAAGAUGCGGCAGUCGCCUUUGGAACCCACCCUGAGGAGCAUCUCCAAGCAGACCUCGGACGACAUCAAACUGGAGAUCAGGGACAUGAUCUGCCAGAAUAACGUGGAAAGGAGGCCGUUCGACAUCGAGUCCAUUCACAAGGACAAGGAGCCGACGAGUCGCGUCUCGAUGGACCGGGAGGCCUUUGAUCGCAGGUUGCUCAGUCCCGCUGGUACGAGAAGCGGCGUCGAGUACUCCUCGGCGAUGUGCAGGAGCAGUCCUCUGGAGAGGGCCAACUUCCUGGACCUGCCUGGCAGGAGUACCCCCGGCCUGGAGCGGUACUCGCCGAAGAGUUUCGCCGCGGUCUCGGUCGACUUCGCCGGAAGGAUCGGGUCCUCUCAGCUGAAGACCGAGAUCGACCGGAGCUCCAUGUUCAAUGCCAUGAAGAUGAUGAGCGAGGUCGACGCCGUCCAUCCGCUUAUGGCGGACGGGCGACCUCCUAGCCACGAGGGGAGGCCGGGAACGAUGGACGCGAGGAUUCAGAACCAUAGCCCCAGGUCGCAGGACAUGCGGCCUCCCAGUCGGGAGAUCAGGACUCCUAAUCAGGAGUAUCCUUCGGCCAGAGAACUGAGACCGCCCAGCGGGGAGUUCAAGCUACCCGGGCAGCAGGAACUGCGACUACCCACUCAAGACCUGAGAUCCGGUCAGGAUAUGCAACCUAUCCCUGGCAUGGAGGCUCGCCCCGUCAGCUCGGAUGCCAGGUCGAGCAGGGAGGCGAGACUGCUAACGGACUUCAGGCUCCAGGUGCAGGAGGUCAAGCACGUGUACGAAGUUUCCCCGGCUCCGGUGCAGGAUGUCAGACACGUUUACGAGCCUAUGCAGCCCCCGGCCCUCGAGGCUUCCAGGUCGUUGCAGGACGUGUCCAGGUCGCUGCAGGACGUCGCCAGGGUGCACGCGGAUGCCAAGAACUGCGACCGACUCGACGCCAAACACAGUGCAGAGAUGGCUAAGCAGAACUUGACGGAGAGCAUCAAGCACACCGUGGCCAGGAAAAUGGUGGUCGGUGGACCUGGGUUCAGGCCCUCUUCGCCGCCUGGCGGUGCGGCGAAACCGCAAGCGGAAUUUCUGCAGCCGUCCAGCGGACCUGCCCCGAAUUACGUCAGCGUGACGGACGACGGCCGGAGUGUCUGUGGCAUCUGCAACAAGGUGUUCAUCAAGCCUAGCCAACUGAGGCUGCACAUUAACAUCCAUUACUUCGAACGUCCGUUCCGCUGCGAGAGCUGUGCGGUGUCUUUCCGGACCAAGGGCCACUUGACCAAGCACGAGCGAUCGGUCUCUCACCACAACAAGGUCAGCAUGACGUCGACCUUCGGUGCCGCUACCACCAGCAACCCUAGACCUUUCAAGUGCACCGACUGCAAGGUCGCCUUCAGGAUACACGGGCAUCUGGCAAAGCACCUGCGCAGCAAGAUGCACAUCAUGAAGUUGGAGUGCUUAGGGAAGUUACCUUUCGGGACUUACGCCGAGAUGGAAAGGUCCGGUGUCAAUCUGAACGACAUCGACACUACCGACUGUGAUAAUAGUCUUACUAGUCUCCAAAUUUUAGCCCAGAAGCUUUACGAGAAGGAUCCCAGCAAGAUGGGACAGUGGGACGCCGAGAUGAUCCCGAAUCAGGCCAGCGGCGGUGAAACUUCCUCCGACGAGGGCGAGCCGAUUCCUCAGCACUCGAUGCACCAGUAUCAUCCCCCUCAGCUGGCGGCCGACCUGGAAGCCUCGCGAGGAUAUCACAUGCCGUUGCUCGCCGGCGAGGAGGCCAAGUCCAUGGGGGGCGACGUCCACCUGGUGAGUCCUCACUUCGUCCAGCCGAGGUCGGACCACGUCAAGGACAGGCAGAACCACUCGAUGUCCCAUCACGAGGAGGUCAGACCCAUGGAGGGUUCGCUGGCGUACAAAUGUCGAGUCUGCACGGCGUCCAUGAGGACCGUCAACGAGCUCCAGGUGCACUGCUUCGUGGAGCACAAUAUCGAGUCGGAGGCGAGCAUCGGGAUCCGGGGCGACAGGAUCGGGCUCGAGUGCAGGGACGUGGAGAAUACUCAUAAGAGGAUGCUGGAGGAGUCCGCUAUCAGGGAGGACCACAGUAGGCAGAAAAUCGACGACACAUAGUGCCAAAAUUACCGGUUAACUUGGAGAAACGCUUGACAGGUUCGGAUGGGGAUUUUCUAUGGGGCAGAGGAGCUUGACGGGGAAUCGGGGCUGGGUACGGCUACCCUGGGACGUUCGGUCGAACCGUGUAGUCUGGUCUCUCUAGUAAUACAAAGCGGUUAGCAUUUAAUUAGAAAACUCCGCGCGCAACUGUGAAAGGUACAACGCGUUUUUAUGUACGAAGGACGGGAUAUAUACGCAUACCUUACGGUGGUCGAAGGUCCUGUAAGGUGGCACGGGAAGAGUUCAUUUUUAUCAUUCGGAACUCACGUGGGCUGGACGCGGCGACCUCGCCGCGUCAUAAACGAACCCGGGGGGAAUGCACCGAGAGCACUGUUACCUAGUAACGGAAAUUGUAAUAUUUAUACGCGAGUUAAUAUUCGAGAGCUAGCCGAUUAAGGUGCAAUGGACUGGUAUGUGAUUCUGUAUUUAAAGUGCAAAUGUUGCGUGCAACCUCGAAGAGUAUUCUAAUAUUACGGAUUAAUAUUAUCUAUUAUUAAUUUACUUAACGGUACGCGAAGGCAUAUAUUAAUGAAUAUAUAUAUAUACAAGUAUACAUGUAUAUGUAUAUAUUUGUAAGACAAGGCGAUGGACCGUUUGCGAGGUAAUGAGAAAAAGAUGAAAUAUUGUUGAACACGAGAAAACAUGCGUUUGUAUAUAUUUAUAUGAAUAAGGGUUAUAUAUAUACCGAUCGCGCGCGCGUAGAGUUGUACGAUGAGGAAAAAAAAAGGAGAAGAAGAACGAAAAGAAGUCACGGAGCAGUAUCGGUUUUCGAAGUUGGCUUUGAUCCAUUCGUUUUCACACCGAGGUCGGUCGCCGUCCGCGAUCGAGAUUCUGUAAACGGGCGCGUCUUCCUAGCUUUUCCUCGAUAUAUUCUGAGAACGCACCAGCACAAAGCAUUGUGUUCCGAAUUGCGAUUCUUCCUUUUGCGAGCAACCUCUCGCGAUAGCGGCCUCGACUUGUCCGCGUUUUAAUUCACUAUCUCUUCUGGAACGAGAAACGAGAGAAAUGGUACCUUGAAGGAGAGAGCCGUUAUCGCGGUCGACAAUUGUGCCCGUCUAGACCAGAGAACACGCGUCGUUUCGAUCGGUUAUGUCGAGUGCCGGCUGACUUUCCUUAUUUAUCGCAUAAUAUCAUCACUUCGAUGUAACCGUAAUUUACAACCUAUAUGAACUCUCAAGAGAGAGGCGAGAUCGAAAGGAACGUACUGCGUAAGGACGAUCGCACAAUUGUAUACAACGAGGUGUCCGCUCGGAAAGAAUUUGCCCUGUUAAUCGGGAAGUCGCGACUGCGAUUUAUAUCCCUUUCGGAGGGAACGGGACGUUCCAUUUAAAUGGCGUUUUAUUCCAUUUUCCAUGGCGGUGGCAGAACGUCCCGUUCGCUUCGAGCGUUGGAAUGUAGCCGUGACUUUUUCACUUAACACGGCAGAGAUUGUUGCCAAACGAUAUCAAUGUAGCGUAGCGUUAACGUAGUAUUCGAUGUAUAUCUAUCGUAAUUCUAUCGAGACCCGAACCGCAAGAAAAACAAAAAAAAAACAAACACUAUGUUACGAGCUUCCAAAAAUCGAGCGUAUGGUUGUAUACGCGUUCCGAGUGUCUAAAAUGCCAAGUCAACGUUCCUUUCUGACGCGACGAGGCCGCGGGUCUUCUCGUUUGCGAAAAGGGGAAUCGACGCUCCGAGAGCUGUCGGAUGUUAUUUUUUUAGCAGUCUCUCGAGGAAGGAUUGACCAGUCUGUACGGGGAAACGUUGCGCGUCAAACGGGGGAGAAAUUGGGUAUAUUUUUCCAUGGUAGAUUCUUAGAGACAUAUUUUUCGAGCGUCACUCUUUGUAGGAGCGUCGUGACUUUCGACUUAUGCGUUAACUAGACGCCACUCACAUAUCAAUGAUUCUCAGAUGGAAUAGUAAUGAUUGAUAUCGAUGCCAAAAUGUACCGUUCCGAUGUGGGAUUUGGAUGUAAAGCUAAGGAACGAAUUAGUUAGAGAGGGUGGGAGGGCACUUUUGUAAACCCGGAGCAUGAUCUUGGGCUAGUGUCCGAAGAUGUUUUAAACGAUUUGUAAAUUCAUUUCAAGUUUCUGGCGAUACGUUUUAGGAAUUGUUGAACGAUCGUGCUAGUCCGUUAGCUGAGAAUUCGCGUCGUAUCUGGAAAACGUUGGCUUGGCUUCUUCCAGACUCAGUAUUAGGUCUUUACGACGAAGUGUGGUAAAACUCAUCGGACACGUCGAUGAACUCCGCUCCACGUUUGAUCGGACUACAUUUUAUAUAGUCAGCCCUUCGUUCCUUCUUACUUCUGUUCGUCGAGAAAUUUGUAAAAGGAUCCUCCCGUCUAUUUUUAUGGAUAAUUUAAAUUUUCUAUACCUUCCGGACACCGACACUCACAAACUGCUGGCAUAAUAGCGUUUUAUAUCUACCGUAGACGAUCUAGGUCUUUAGGGUUUUAUAAACAUUUACCGGGAGAUGUACGUAGUCUCCGUUAACGUCAUCGACGAACGUACUUUCCGAUCGUUCGAGAUGGCUACUCGUCUAAGAUGUAAGACGUAGAGAGAAUCGCGACAAAGAAACACUCGGAACCAAAAAGGCUUUUGCCGACGGAUAUCAGAUAAUGGGACCGGAGUAAGAUUUUGUAAACAUAUACUUAAUGUAGUUAAAGCCACCUUAUAUCGAUCAUCAAAUGCCAACACUUUGCCAGUGCUGCUGUCAGCUUUCUUCCUGAUUCUGCGACUCUGUUGAACUAUUGAUGAGAAUGUAAUUUAUUUAUUGUAAAUAAAAAAAAUAAUUGCCUAAAAAUUA